AUGACGGAUCUCAAUACCCCCGACUCCUUUCCGGCCACGCCUGAUGGCUUGAUCGACAGAGAUGGCCUGAGCAGUCCCGCGUCACCCGGCUCAGCCGACUCUUCCGAGGCCAGCACCCCGCUCGAAGGCCCAGCCGACAACCUCUCCGAUUUGCCCAAACGUGUGCCCUCGCUUCGAACCGUCUCCGACCCCCAGAACAUGAACCCUUCUUCGACCCCUCUCGGCAUGCUGAGCAACGCUCGCCGCCCACCGCCCACCGCCUCCAUGAUGAGCAUGGGCGGCGGAGCCAUGAACGACGCCAUGGCAAGAGCGCGAGCACUCCAUGCCCAGCGUAUGGGCAAGCCCGCUGGCUCACAGCCUACCGGCAACAACAUGAGCAUGGCGAGCUCUCCGGUCUCGCCAGUGCCUCGCCAGAGCUCUCCUGCUGGCCUGCCCGGGGGACUUCCGGGCAAUCUCAAAUUGCCGGGUGGCAUGGUUCGGCCUUCCCCUGGCGGUAUGCCCCGUUCCGCCCCCGCCAUUCCGACGAAGCCGUCGCUCGCUGCCAGGCGUGGUCCCAUGAUGAAACUGUCCGAUAUGAGCGGUUCGUCGCCUGCAUCCCCGCCGCCCAAACUGUCCGACAUCCACGGCCCCAACAACAACGGAACCGCGCCGAACGGGACAACGGGGUCCAAAAUGGAUGACUUCAAGAAAUACAUUGAUUCGGAAAAAGGCUGGAUCACGUUCGACGGCGCUGCGACCAUCACAAAGACUGGUGUCAACUUUGCCAACGGCACAGCCUUCGCCAUUUCUUUAGACGAGGUCGAGGUCAUGGAUGAGCUGGGCAAGGGAAAUUACGGGACUGUGUACAAGGUCAGGCAUACGAAGCCGAGAGUCCCUCGUUUCGGUUCCGGACUGGGUGGAUUCAAGCACGCAAACUUGAGCACGGCGCAUUCGGAUCCCUCACCCAUCAGAAAAGCCGACGGGUCUGAGGAAGCAUCGCCAGUGUCAGCGGCGCCCGAGGCCUCGUCAGGCAGAGUAAUGGCCAUGAAGGAAAUCCGGCUGGAAUUGGAGGAGGCCAAGUUUACGACAAUACUGAAGGAGCUCGUCAUCCUGCACGAGUGUAUAUCACCCUACAUUAUUGACUUCUACGGCGCUUUCUUCCAAGAGGGCGCAGUCUACAUGUGCAUCGAAUACAUGGACGGCGGAUCCAUCGACAAGCUGUAUGACGGCGGCAUCCCCGAAGGUGUGUUACAAAAGAUUACCUACUCGACGAUAAUGGGCCUCAAAUCGUUGAAGGACGAGCACAACAUCAUUCACCGAGACGUUAAGCCCACAAACAUUCUGGCCAACACCAGGGGCCAGAUCAAGAUUUGCGAUUUCGGUGUCAGUGGAAACCUCGUCGCAAGCAUUGCCAAGACGAACAUUGGCUGCCAGAGUUACAUGGCUCCCGAAAGAAUAUCGGGAGGUGGCAUGACAGCGGGCGCCGAUGGCACUUAUAGUGUGCAGAGCGAUAUCUGGAGUCUGGGCCUGACGGUUAUCGAGUGUGCGUUGGGACGGUACCCAUACCCGCCAGAGGUAUCAUUGACAAUUUUCAGCCAACUGAGUGCCAUUGUCGAAGGCGAGCCUCCAGGCUUGCCCGAUGAGGGUUUCUCCAGCACGGCGCACGACUUUGUUCGCAGGUGUCUCAACAAGAUCCCCAAGGACCGUCCCACCUACGCCGCACUGCUUCAACACCCUUGGAUGGCGCGUUUCUCCAAGAUCGAAACAAUCGCAGAGGAGGUUGAGGAGGGAGAUGAGGCUGAAGCUGUAGCGGAAACUGUUGGCAAACUCUCCCUGUCGUCCGGUACGGAUGAUGAGGAAGUUGCUGAAUGGGUCAAAUCGGUACUGGAGCGCAAACGGUCAGGUCUCGUCACCCCUGCAUCACGACCAGCACUCCAUGCCGCACCGCUGGACACUGUCAGCCCGUCAGCGAACCCCCUGGUGGGUCGUCAGUUGCAGUAA